CUUCCGUGUGGUAAAGACGAUCUGCGGGAACAACAUGGAAACUGUGGACGGCAACAGCAACAUGUCCAAAGCGGACAUACUGAGAGGAAUCGUGGCCGAGAAACUGACAGCAGCCGCGCAGGAAGUCUUUGCGGUGUUAGAGAGAACAGUGGCCGGGUACGAGGAGGAGGCUUCGGCUUUGAGGCAGGAGAUCGACCGGCAGAGGAGGCAGCUGGAGAGUCUGCUGCAGCCUGUGGUCAAACUGGAGACAAUGGGUGAGCAGUUUCCUGUCUGUGAGCCGGCAGCUGGAGGAGGAGCUGAACUCCCCGAUGAGGAAGAGCAGCACAAAUAUGAGCCAAGUGAGCAGUUUCCUGUCUGUGAGCCGGCAGCUGGAGGAGGAGCUGAACCUGAUGAGGAAGAGCAGCACAAAUAUGAGCCAAGCCAUUGCCCCGUGUGUCCAGGUGUGGAUAACAGCGGGAGCCUGGGCCUCACCUGCUAUGCUGAACUACAGAUGGAGGAACAUGAAGAGGAGGCGGACCGGGAACAUCUCACAGAACCAGAUUCUGAAAUAGCAUCAAGGUCAUUGACUCCAUCAGUUCAGUUUGACCAGGGGAGUGCCGGUAGACCUCCCGUCAUCGAGCCGCAGGACCACAUAGACCUCAGGAUCCGCGUCCUGGAGGACUCUCAGAUCGAAGUGCUCUCGGUCUACAUUUUUAAGAAAUACCCGGUGCAAGAGGUGAGGUGUCCUCUUGACCUACAGGAAGAGGACUUCCUGGACCUGCUGAGGUCCACCUUCCCUCAGCUGGCUGCUCGGAAACUCUUUGACAUCUUCAUAUCUGACCGAUCGAGGAGACUGCAGCCUCUGAGAGUGAAGACGCUGACGCCAGAGGAGAUCUACAGGAGCAUCAGUUCCUCUGGCCAUUCAGCCCUCUACAUCCGCCUGAAGACGCAAGAGGAACUUCAGUCCACUGAUGAAGAGUUUCAUCCAUCAAAGAAAAAAGACGCUGCUGCUGAGUCUACAUUCACUGCUGAUCAGACCAGAGUUCAGUCUGUCAGGAGGAAGCCUGGUCGACCUCGGAUCAGUGAAAUAAGGAACUACAUUGAUCUCAGGAUCUGCAUCCUGGAGGACUCCCAGACUGAUGUGCUCUCAGCUAAUGUGUAUAAGAAGUACCCGGUGCAGGAGAUGAGGUCUCCUUGUGGGCUGCAGGAGGAGGACUUCCUGAACCUACUGAGGUCCACUUUCCCUCAGCUGGCUGCUCAGAAACCUUUUGACUUUUUCACAACUGACAGAAGUAAGAGACUCCAGCCUCUGAGAGUGAAGACGCUGACACCAGAGGAGAUCAAUAAAACAGCUGGGCAUUCAGCCCUCUACAUCCGACAGAAGCUGCCCGAGGAAGUCAAGGCCAGAGAGGAAGAGCCCCCCCAGAGAAAAGGUGGUGAGUCUCCAUCCACUGAUCGAACCAGGCGGAACUUGAGAGUUCUGCCUGACAGGAGGAAGGCUUGCAUACGUCGGAUCACUGAACCACAGAACCACGUCAAUCUCCGGAUCUGCAUCCUGGAGGACUCUCAGAUUAAUGUGCUCUCAAAAAAUGUGUAUAAGAAGUAUGCAGUGCAGGAACUGCAGUAUCCUUGUGGGCUGCAGGAGGAGGACUUCCUGGACCUGCUGACGUCCACAUUCCCUCAGCUGGCUGCUCGGAAACCGUUUGAUGUCUUCACAUCCGACAAAAGGAAGAGACUCCAGCCUCUGAGAGUGAAGACGCUGACACCAGAGGAGAUCCACAGGAGCAUCAGGCAGACCGGAGCCGGGACCUCGGCCCUCUACAUCCGCCUGAAGGCACAAGAGGAGGAGGAGGAGCUUCAUCAAGGUUCUUCAUCCACUUCUGAUCAAACAAGCCCCGUUCUGGCCAGUAGCUCAAGAUCCCAGCACGAAGAUGUGGAAACCGAGCAAGCUGAUGGCGGAGCUGGAUCAGAGUCGGCCGUCGGCCGUCUCUGGUCUCUGCUGGUUCUCUCCGAGAGCGAAGGGGACAGAGGUGAAGUGAGCGACGACGACUGGAAACCAGACAGACGUGAAAAACACCUGAGGGACAGCGAACCCGAUAAGAAGAGGAGGAAGCGGCGAGUCAAAAGCUCCGGUAUCCGAACGAAGUCUCCGAAGGCUUCGGCCGACGCCCGCGACGCUCCUCUGUCCUGUAAAGUCUGCGGAGCUGCGCGCUGGUCAGCAAGCAUGUUGAUCAAACACGCCUGGAGUCACGUGGACGAUCCAGGAAGGCUUUGUGGAGUGUGUGGAGGACAUUCAGAGUCUGCAGAGGAGCUGAGGAAUCACCUCCAAAGUCACCUGAAAACACACAGCUGCAACAUCUGCGCAAAGUCUUUCCUUUCUGUCAACGGGCUCAACGGACACGUCGCCCGACACGCAGGGAAGAAACCGUACAAGUGUAAGAUUUGCCACAAAGCGUUUGCUCAGAAGUGGGUGCUAAACAACCACGAGCGGGGUCACGCAGCAAAUAAGCCGUACAAAUGUGACUUCUGCCCAAAAUCAUGUGCUUCUAAGGUCGAGCUCACACGUCACAGGUUGACCCACACAGGUAGGAGGCUGCACCCCUGCAACACGUGUGGGAAAUCCCUCGACAGCAGUGAGACUUUAUCCAAACAUAUGUUGAGGCACCGGGAGCCCGCAGCCGCCCGAACAACGUUCGCCUGUGAAAUCUGCAGAAAAACUUUCAGUACUUACCAGACGUUACAGGUCCACAUGAGGGUCCACACUGGAGAGAAACCUUACAAAUGCUCUGAGUGCAACACGGCCUUCAGGUACAGACACUGUGUGAAAAGACACAUGAAGACCCAGCACAGCGGGUCAGGUUACUGCAGGACUGAAGCUUCUGUCUAACAGAAUGAACGGCACGGUCCAGAGAUUUCAUUUUCUCAUUCUCUGUUUGCACAAGUUGUUUUAGUGUUAGAUCAGGGGUGUCCAAACUACGGCUCACGGGCCGACUGCAGCCCACAGUCCAUUUUUAAUUGGCCCGCAAGACAUUGUAUAAACAGAAUAGAACAUGGCCCGCUCUUGAAACUUUGCCUGAGUGUGUUGUAUUUCUUAGUUUUAACACCAGGGGGAGCUACUGUUGAACAAGGCAGCUGCACCACCAAAAAAGGAAAAUCACAGAACAAGUUUACCCCAGGUUACCAGACAUGGCAGAACCAAAGAAAUGCAAAGUAGAAGGCUGAAGGCAGCAUCACAGCUCCCACUGAGUCCACUUCAGCUGAGUUAACAAUAUAUUCCACAGUAUCCGUGUGUUAAUAAGCACGCGUGCACAUAACUAGUGUGCAGUCCAGCCCACCAUCCUGACUAAGAAGAAAUCUGAGGCUGCCAACCCUUUUUCUGAAUAAUUCAUUAAGCAUCCAUUUAUGAAAGCUGUGAUGAAGGCAGUUUUUCUGUUAUCAUGUACUGAGGCUGUAUAUCUCACCUCUAGAAAGUGGCCCAGCCCCUCCUAUAUUUUUCUGAAUGUGACCCUCAGUGAAAAAGGUUUGGACACCCCCGUGUUAGAUGCUGUGAAAUUGUAUCACAGAGCUCGAGUCAAGAUGAGGCCGGCAAGAAAUGUGAAGAAAUCCCCUGAUACUGAUACUCUCACCUGUUACCACUCAGCCUGUCUACCUGUGGAAUGAUCCAAACAGGUGUUUUUGGAGCAUUCCACAUCUUUCCCAGUCUUUAGCUGCUCCUGUCAGUCAAAGGCCAAACAAUAUAUUGACUUUGUGCUGUUUUCAGGUGAGUCUCUGUCAGAGGGGGUCAGCAGGGUCGUGGUUGUGGGAUUUGUUGUCAGUGUUUUGGAACAUCUCCAGACUUCCCUUUUGUCGGUUAGUGUUUGUGUAGUAAGUUUUACGUUGUGAUUGUUUAUCUACAGAAAUUGAAGUUAACACGUCAGACCCAUGAAAACUGCUGAAUAAUUUUGACGGUGGGAAAAAUGUGCAACAUCAAACCUUUUGGAAACAGAGUUAAUGUAGAAUUUUACAUUACGUUCAAUUUUAAGGUUAAUUUGUCACAUUUUUUAGAUUUAAUU